GUGGCCGAGGAAGUCCCGCGGCUCUUGGGAAGCUCCUGGCUCCUUUGCAUCAGGGCUACUUGGUGUUCUCCGGAGCCUCGACCACAGCCACAAGGGACAGCAACGGUGGAUCCCACGCAAGCGAGGGGCGCGCCCCCGCCGCGCUGUGCUGGCCUGGGGUCUCAGCCUCAGACAGAAGUCACCGACUGCUUUCCAGUAGAGGCACACUCCUGAGGAGUGGAAUUCUUGAUUCUUCAUGCCGCUAUGGAUCUGGAUAAGCCAUCUGUCUGGGGAUCAUUAAAACAGCGGACCAGACCUUUGUUAAUCAACCUGAGCAAGAAGAAGGCUAAAAAGAGCCCGAGCAAACCUUUGGAUUUAAGGGUGCAGCAUCACCUGGACCGGCGCCUCAGCCUCUCAGUACCUGACCUCUUGGAAGCAGAGGCUUUGGCCCCUGAAGGCAGGCCUUACUCAGGGCCCCAGUCAUCCUACAUCUCAGUACCAAACAGCCUCUCCACUGCAGGCAUUGUCCCGAAGAGCAGCAGCAGCUCACUGAAGCAGUCUGAGGAAGAACUGGACUGGAGCCAGGAAGAAGCAAGCCACCUCCAUGGGGUGGACACCGACUCGGAAGAGAUCUAUGCCUCUCCCGCAGAAGAGUGGCAGGCAUUCAGCCAGAGUGGCCUGGAUCUCCACAAGCCUCCCCUUGGAAGGGAUGCUUCUGAAGAGCAAGAGAAGACUCACGGCAAUGAUGAUCUGAAUGCUUCUAUGACAUCUCAGCAAUUUGAAGAACAGUCCACUCUUGAAGAAGCUAGUGAUGGCCUGAGUCACCUCCCCAGCCCCUUUGCGUACCUCCUCACCAUACACCUGAAGGAAGGCCGCAACCUCGUGGUCCGGGAUCGCUGCGGCACGAGUGAUCCAUAUGUGAAAUUUAAGCUGAACGGGAAGACACUGUACAAAAGUAAAGUGAUAUAUAAGAACUUGAACCCAAUUUGGGAUGAGAUGGUUGUGUUGCCAAUACAAAGCCUUGAUCAAAAGCUGCGCGUGAAGGUUUACGACCGAGACUUAACCAAGUCUGAUUUCAUGGGUUCUGCCUUUGUUGUUCUCAAGGACCUUGAACUUAACAGGACUACAGAACACGUUUUAAAAUUGGAAGAUCCAAACAGUUUAGAAGAUGACAUGGGAGUGAUUGUGUUAAAUCUGAACCUAGUUGUAAAACAGGGUGAUUUCAAGAGGCAUCGUUGGUCCAAUCGGAAGCGGAUAAGCGCCAGCAAGUCCUCCUUGAUCCGCAACCUACGCCUCUCAGAGUCCCUGCGGAAGAACCAGCUCUGGAAUGGGGUUAUAAGUAUAACUCUCUUGGAAGGGAAGAAUGUCUCAGGAGGGAACAUGACAGAGAUGUUUGUCCAGUUAAAACUGGGAGACCAGAGGUACAAGAGCAAGACACUGUGUAAGAGUGCAAAUCCGCAGUGGCAGGAACAGUUUGACUUUCACUACUUCUCUGACAGGAUGGGCAUUUUGGACAUUGAAGUGUGGGGAAAGGACAGCAAAAAGCAUGAGGAGCGACUGGGCACGUGUAAAGUAGAUAUCUCAGCGCUCCCACUGAAGCAGGACAACUGCUUGGAACUGCCUUUGGAGAGCUGCCAGGGUGCUCUCCUCAUGUUGAUCACCCUGACCCCCUGCACUGGAGUCUCCAUCUCUGAUCUCUGUGUCUGCCCUUUAGAGGACCCCAGUGAAAGACAGCAGAUCUCCCAGCGAUACGCCUUACAGAACUCUCUGAAGGAUGUGAAAGACGUAGGGAUUCUACAGGUAAAGGUUCUGAGGGCUGCAGACCUCCUGGCAGCUGAUUUCUCAGGGAAGAGUGAUCCUUUCUGCCUAUUGGAGUUGGGCAAUGACCGACUUCAGACACAUACCAUUUACAAAAACCUCAAUCCGGAGUGGAACAAAGUUUUUACAUUCCCUAUUAAAGAUAUCCAUGACGUGUUGGAAGUGACAGUGUUUGAUGAGGAUGGAGACAAGGCCCCGGACUUUCUUGGAAAAGUUGCCAUCCCCUUGCUGUCUAUUAGAGAUGGACAACCAAAUUGUUUUGUGUUGAAGAAUAAAGAUUUAGAGCAAGCUUUUAAAGGGCUUAUUUACUUAGAGUUGGACCUCAUAUAUAAUCCGGUCAAAGCAAGUAUCAGGACCUUCACUCCAAGAGAAAAACGCUUUGUGGAAGACAGCCGCAAGCUGUCCAAAAAGAUAUUAUCAAGAGAUGUAGAUCGCGUAAAAAGACUCACUAUGGCUAUAUGGAACACAGUGCAGUUCUUCAAAAGCUGCUUCCAGUGGGAGUCCACAUUAAGGAGUUCAAUAGCUUUUGUGGUGUUUUUGGUCACCGUCUGGAAUUUUGAACUCUACAUGAUCCCUCUGGCAUUGUUGCUACUCUUUCUGUACAACUUCCUCAGACCCAUGAAAGGGAAAGCCAGCAGCACCCAGGACAGCCAGGAUAGCACAGACAUAGAGGAGGAAGAGAAAGAGGAAGAGAAGGAGUCUGAGAAAAAGGGGAUAAUCGAGAGAAUCUAUAUGGUCCAGGAUAUUGUUUCCACUGUCCAGAACAUCUUGGAGGAAGUUGCUUCUUUUGGAGAAAGGAUUAAGAACAUGUUUAACUGGACGGUCCCCUUCCUUUCGCUGCUGGCCUGCUUGAUUCUGGCCAUAACCACUAUCGUUUUGUAUUUCAUCCCUCUACGGUAUAUCAUUCUACUCUGGGGCAUAAAUAAAUUUACUAAGAAGCUCCGAAAUCCUUUUUCCAUCGACAAUAAUGAGCUCCUAGACUUUCUCUCCAGGGUGCCCUCUGACAUUCAGAAGGUGCAGUAUGCAGAGCUGAAGCUCUGUGGCAACCAAAGCCCACUUCGGAAGAAGAGGAGUACUGUCUAGAGUUCACACAGACUAAGGACUCCCGCAUCCAAUGUGCAGCCAAUGAGACCUGGAUCCUGGCAGCUCGAGUGGUACCCAGGUGUCCUGAGAUGGGUGUUGUGUGCAGCCUUCUCGCCUCUCUCUGCUUUCUUUACAUACCCAGAUGAAAGCACACAUGCACGCAGGUCCCUCUACAUGGGUAUCCUGGAUGCCUGGACCACCAAACCAUCAAAAGACACCAAGUCUGAAACUGGGAGAGCCUCACAUCCAUUUUCUUAGGACAUAAAGCCAGGUGUCCACAUGUCUGAACACCAUUUUUGAGAACAGCCAGAAGACCACUGGAUUCCAGGAUGAUGCUGAACUUAUUUCAGUACCUUCAGUGGAUUUUCACUAAGAAUCAGUUAUUUCCAGUUGAGGCUGGUGGCUCACACCUGUAAUCCUAACAGGGAAGAAGCCAAGGCAGGCUAGUCCAAGAUCAGUGCCAGCUGAGGAAUUGUGCUGUGUUAGCCUCUAACCUAUAAUAAAAACUGUUCUAAAGCCAACAAUCAGCAGAGGUUCAGUGAUUUCCAGUCUCCAUCCCGCCACUUGUUCCAUGGUAUUUUUGUCCCCUCUCUCUACCCAGAUAAUGUACAUUAGAAAAUGAAUGCUUAGUGAUUUCCAGAAUUAACUCAAAUAUUUAGGAAUCUUUCAGCUGUGACUACUAAAGACAUGCCUGUUUAAUUUUUGUUGUUGUUGUUGUUGACCCUUUAGUAUUAGAUGCCAGUUUAAAUCACAUCUCAGUUGUUAUUGGCAAGGGCUGUCCUGGAAGGUCUCAGUGGAGUCACUCAUUGGAAGAAUAAGGGUUUUGUGAUAGUAUUAUGUUUCUGUAAAAUGCCAUUUCUUCCAACUUCACUUUUUGCUUAUUACUAAAACAAGAUGUCAAUAUGCAUCCUUAGAGAGAUGCUGAUGGUUGUGGCAGAUGAAAUAGUAGGUUCUGAAAGUAUUUAGGAAUAUCUAAGUAUGGAGAGGCUUACUUAAUUACGACUCUUAGUGAAAUAUACUCAUUUCAGUUGCCCAAUGUUUUGAGCAGCUAUUUAUAAUGUUUUUGCUAUCCAAAUUUGUCUUUUAUUUUUUUCUAAGGGUCAAAAUAAGAUAUAGACAAUAGAAGCUUAUUUCAAAAAUCCUGUUCAUACUAAAUAACUAACAAAAAGUCCUCUAUAGAUAGUAUUUGAAUCCUGGCUACCCCACAACUCCACAACAUACCCUGCCAAGUUUAAAACAAUUCAUUAUGUGCAUGUAAAAAUAGUGUACAAAUAUCUUUGUAUUAAAAUGAUAUUUAAGCUUUAAAAUCUAUAUUUCAUCAACAUAUACUUGCUAUGUGCAGAUUUGUAUAUGUAUUGUAAAGAAAAGCUGAGGAAGGAGGCCUAAUUUACUUGUGUUUAGCUUAUUUUUUUGUUUCUGCAUUGUAAUUUAAUAAUCUUCAAACAAAAUGUUUUAUGAAAGAAAAAUGCCAAAGAUUCUAAACUUUGUCAUCUCAUGUCUGUUUUACUUUAUAUUCUUCUUCCUGAUUUCUCUGUGGCAGAGCCCGAUUUCUGCAUGAUUUGAUUUGCUUCAAGUUAAUGAAGCUGGCUGGAAAGGCGCCUUGACGAGAUUCUAAAAGCCCCAGUAAAUCUGUUAGUUGUACAUACAAUAGAUACCCGAGAACUUCUUUGUCUAACCAGUUACUCAAUCUUCUGUGUAAACAAUACCUCAUUGUCUUGUGCCUGUCAUCCAUUUUAUCAUAGUCUGUCAUUUAGUAAUGACCCAAGGCAGACAUCUAUAAGCCAUCAUGUGAGAUACGCUCAGCCACUGGAAUGGAAACUUUGGGGAGCCAAAUAAGCCCUUAUUUAUUUAAAUAUGGGCCCCAUCUUUCAUGACAGUUCUUAUCCUUUAGAAUUUCUAAAUGAAAUAAUUUUCCCAGCAGGAAGGUAUCAUUAGUGAGACUUCUUUCCUCCAUAGCCCCAAUAGAACUCACAGCAUUACAUUCAGGACACAAACGCCAGCUGGUAUGAGAGCAAGACAGGGCCAACUUUUCUACACUCUCUACUGAAGACAACUGGUAGUUGUUGAAAUCAGCAUUGCACGUGAGGAAAUGAGUGUUUGCUGGAAGUGAAGUGUUAAGAUUUGUUUAUGCAUUAUUGUUGCACAGGUCUCAGCCUUACAUGCCCAGGAUCUCAGAAAGUGACAAAUCGUAUGAUCUAAUCCUUUAUUCCAUCUUGAAGAAGUACCUGUAAUAGCACUGUGGGCAGAACUAUUCUCUUUGUAUGCAUGGGACCAAAACUAGCAUGAAUUUGUUUUUCCUUCUUCCACUGUUUGAUAUAUAAAAGAAAGAUUUGUACUAACCCAAGAUCUUAGCAACUUCUGCAAGAUUUUUCUUCUUUUUGAGAAUUAUCACAAUUUACACUUACAUAAAGCAGUCCUUUAGCAUGUCCAGAUUUGCCAGCAUGACAGUUUGUAUGCUUUGAGACAAGCAUUGCAUAAAAUGCAUGCUGCUAAAAUGCCACACCCAUAAAUCUGAUAGCAGGUGGCCAGUCUAAAGACAAAAGAGCCAAAGGAAAGCAAAGUUAUCACACCUCUAUAGUCAAGUGUUUGGAGCCUGGUUUCCUAGUAACCCAAAAUCCCUUACACAAACACCUGCAGCCUAACCCUGAAAUAUUCACAGUACUUUACACAAAAGGUCACUCUUAAAAGCACGAAUUGUGUUAUAUAUUAAAACUUGCUGUUUAUCAAGGUAUCAAGAAGUUCACCUAUCCCUUCAGAUAUGGGAUAACCCAAGCAUCCAAUGAUGAAAGGACCAAGUAAUUUUAUCCUUUACCUGAUUCUGUGAGUGGCAUUAUUUACUCUUUCGAAAAUUUACUCUUUCGAAACUCUCUCACUAUUCUAUUGGAGGGUAUUUCAAUAAGUUAUAUAUUUAUGUCUUGGUAACUUAUUUUAUCAGUAAAUAACCGUCUUCCCUAUAUUGGUUUACAUUGGCAAUUGAGACUAACAGGCAGGUAGUAUAUGCAAUGUGGAUACUUUGAAUGAAGGUUGACUCACAUCCAAGACAAGGUUGACUAUAAGAUGUAUGAUGCAGAUCCAUUAUUCGGAGCAUGUGAUAUGCUUCUAAUGAUUUUGCUGAAAUUAGUAGAUAACGUAUUCAUACUGUUCAACUUGAAGAUAAUUAAUUGGGAAUGUUAAAAAUGCCUUGUGAAGUGUUCACAGUUUCCUUCCUAGUCCUACACUCAUGUUUAUAGCACUGUCAAAGGCUUGUCUUAAAGGCUUGUCUCCUGAACUGGGGCCAAUGUCGUCGUGGAUGUCUUAGUUUUUAGUUUUUGUGCUUUUCCCUGAUCUACAAACCUAUGUCAUCUAGUCAGUCAGGAAUGGAUGUGGUAUUGCUUCUAUCCUGAUAGCCAUGCUGCAUAAUACUCCAUAUGUCACGCGAAUGAUGGGAAUCUCAAUGAGCUGGGUUCCACUUGUGAUGUCUUUCCCCAAAUGUCAAAGUAAACACUAUUCUCCUUCAAACCAUUUGAAGUUCUCCUGCUCUGAUGAGGUCACCAAUGACUUCAUCUUUGUGCUAUCUGAGUUUCUAGCUCUUGCUGCAGCAUAAGAUAGGGAAGGCAUCAGUGAAUUGGCAAGUGCUAACUCACAUUUCUCAUGGAAUGACUGUCAUCUUGAAGUCACUUCAUCCUACCAUCCAAAUCCCCUCCCUUCAAAUAGUGUGCUGUAAAAAAUAAUUUAAGAUCAAAGUUUGAGGAAAUGAAUUCUAGCAGAUACACCAAAACAUCAAAAAAAUUCUUAUUUACAUCUACAAGAGGCCUUGACCCCACUAUCCUCUGCUAGACCUACCAACCUAAAAGCCACCUGAAAACCACUCAGAAACACGUGCCUCACAGCACAAUCAUGGUCCAUUUGUUUUAAAGAUUUUUUUUUAUAUGUUGCUUUUCUUGAAAAAAAAAAAAAAAAGGGAAUAACCCAGAAAGAUCAAUGGUGUUCAUCCUGGGUAAUAAUUACUUGCAUGAAGUAGAGUGCUUAUUUUGUGUGAUAUAUAUGAUUUCUGGAUAUGUCAAUGACCAACUAAUCAAUUAUGCAAUGUCUUAUAUUUGGAGAAAUUCUUACAUGGCAAUAGAAAAUACAGUAUUUAUGAACUGUAAAGUGACAUUUGGAUUCUUGUUUUCUUGUAACUUCCCAGUUAACCUAUUGAAUACAGGUUGAUACAUACAAGAAAAACAGACAACACUGCCUUGCUAGAGCCAGAUAAUAAAUGGAUAUUUUUAAGCAGCUAACACACUUAGAUUCAAGUUUCAUAAGACUUUCAAUCUGGUUGCGGUGUGUGGCUUAGCAACUAGGCUGUGCCGAGAAUUUUUCUAAGUCAGUUGUAGUGUUCCUGAUAUAGUGUUUCACAGUGAGAAAAUAUAAAAGUCUAAUUGGCAGAUUAUAAGAAAUAAAUGAGGAAUUGACAUUUACUUGACUGGGGAGACAGCAGAGUCAAAGAUUUUGAUUCAAGCAAACAAACUGUUGAUAAUUAACAGGCUUCCUCCAACUCGAGAGAGAGAGAGCACGGAAUUGGCACAAAAGUUGACAAAAAGAGAAGUCAAAACCGGGGCAGCUGAUCUACACAGAGAUAGUAAAUACUAUGUCAGAUGCUAUGUCAUUUAAC